AGUGGGAUAUUUUCCACACCCGUAUCUUUCCUUAUAAAUUCCACAGAAAUUUUCUCUGUCCCAGCAAAGGUGACUCCCACAAGGAGUGCUGACAAAGUACGGACAGAACAACAACAACAACAAAGUCGCCUUAUUUUCAUAUGGCAGCCUAUCUACUCCUAUCAGCAAGCGGUAAUAGUUUAAGGCAUACUAGAAAUACCAGCAUCAGUAAACAGAAAUUUUAUCAGUUAUCUUCGAUACUUUGAGAAGAUACCGAAGCCUCCUGUAGCGUCUUAUCUCCAGGUUGUAAUAACGUUAGAUCAGUACUGUGGCCUUGUGGGGGGUCAGGUGAGGGCUGAUAUAUAUGUCCACCUUACUCCCAGGGAGGGAAUUGAAGGGGACACCUGGACUGGACCCUCGGGAAGAUCAACAGGAUUCUUCUCAAAAGGCUCUUUAUGUCUGAUAGUUGAGGUCACUGCCAACAGGAAAGAUCCGUCAAGGUUAUAUAUGACACAAGAUUUCCAAACUCCCUCCUUGUUUGACUGCGUUAUCGACUCCUUUGGGUCACAGUUGCUGUUACUGCAUAUGGGGCGCACAGAAAUGCAUGGUCCUCUUACCUUUGCCUCCUGAACCUCUACUCUUGGGGAGUACAAAGUCGGAACAUACUAAUAUCACUGCAGUAAAACAGUGAUUAAGUCGAUUGCUGUCAGAGCAGAAAAACGUACUAGUUAUUUGUUUGCCAGUGUACAUCAAAGCAACAACUGGGUUUAAAUGAUAAGUUUUAAGUUUAUUUCAUUAGCUACAUUAGAUUAGCAAACGGGAGUCUUGCCUUAAGGGAACGUGUUCUUGACAGAGGAACAACUAAAAAAUUUGAAAAGCGAACUGUGAAUCUGAGGGACUCGGAAAAGACCUAGUGAUUGAGACAGUCUUUGGUUACCACAUAUAUCAUUCAGCAUGUCCGGGGAAGAUGGGUAUGCGACGGAAAGGCGAGGCCGAAGUAUUUCCGUCCAGAGUAAUGACAGCAGUCAGUCCAUGCCGUCAGUGGCCUCGCCAGUGCAGUACGCCCAGUCUUGCUCCUCUCUUAUGUACACCGCUACCCCAGGGACGCUCAAAGUGGAACGUCCUGUCUACAACCAGGUGGAUUUUGACUCUGGUUUUGAGCCAUCAAAUAGACCAAAGAAGCCAGUGAAGGAACAUGUCAGGACAUUUUUCUCCAAGAAUUGCAUCUGUUCUAAAGAAAAAACCAAAGAGUUUUUUCUGCAUUUAUUUCCUUGCAUUAAUAUCAUGCGUAAUUACCAGUUCCCCGGAUGGCUGAUUGGGGACAUGGUAGCUGGUUUGACUGUUGGCAUCAUGCAUUUACCACAAGGUAUGGCCUAUGCCUUGCUAGCCAAGAUGCCCCCAAUAGUGGGACUGUAUGUGUCCUUUUUCCCCGUGCUUAUGUAUUUCUUCUUUGGAACCUCAAAACAUAUCUCCAUUGGCACAUUUGCUGUGAUCUGCCUGAUGGUGGGAGAGUCGGUGGUGAGAGAGACAGGGGACCUGGAAGCUUUAGUCACAGACUCUGUACCAGGGGGCAAUGGCACAAAUGGUUCUCUCACAUCCGGUGACAGCAGUGGGAUAACUAGCGAGGAACUGGACAACAAGAAGAUUGAAAUAGCCACAGCAUUAACACUGUUGGUGGGAUUGUGGCAGAUUACCAUGGGUAUCUUUCGUAUGGGAUUCCUGACUAUCUACCUGUCUGACGCACUGAUCAGUGGGUUCACCACCGGCGCAGCCUGUCAUGUGUUCACCACACAGGUGAAAUAUGUGUUUGGACUCCAUAUUCCACGUUCCUCCGAGCCUUUCAAGAUUAUAAAGACCUAUGUCAGUAUUUUCUCCAACAUAACCAAGACCAACUUUGCAGCUGUUAUCAUCUCUGUGACCUGCAUCCUGUGUCUUGCUCUGGUAAAGGAGUGUAUCAAUGCCAGGUACAGAUCCAGGAUGAAGAUGCCAGUGCCUAUAGAACUUAUUGUGGUAGUAUUGGGUACUUUGGUUUCCUAUCUUGCCAAGCUGCAUGAGAAUUUCAAUGUUACUGUGGUUGGCCAUAUUCCAACAGGGAUCCCAGCUCCCAAAGUGCCCCCCACAGAACACAUGGGGGCCCUGAUAGGGGACUCGUUUGCUGUCGCUAUUGUAGCCUUCAGCAUCUCGGUGUCCAUGGGGAAACUGCUGGCCAGGAAGCAUGAUUACGAGGUGACACCAAAUCAGGAGUUGGUUGCCUAUGGCCUAAUGAACAUUUUCAGCUCUUUCUUCAACUGUUUCGCAGCAUGUGCCUCCCUGAGCAGAAGUUUGGUUCAAGACAAUGUGGGAGGAAGAACACAGCUGGCUGCUGUGUUCUCCAGUGUACUCAUCUUAAUUGUCCUCCUUGUCCUGGGACCACUCUUCCAAACAUUGCCAAAUGCCGUCCUUGCCUCCAUCAUCCUAGUGGCCUUAAAAGGAAUGUUCCUUCAGUUCAAAGAUCUCAAGAACCUCUGGCACAUUUGCAAGUUUGACUUUGCUAUCUGGUUGGUGACUUGGCUGGCUGUGGUACUUCUGGGGGUGGCCAUGGGACUGAUCAUUGGUGUGGGCUUCUCUCUCCUCACAGUGGUCUUCAGAACACAGAGCCCAUACACCUGUCUGUAUGGACGUGUUCCACACACUGACAUCUACAGGGACAAAACAGCCUACAAAGUGUGUAAAGAAAUUCCAGGAAUCAAAAUCUUCCACUUUGAGUCUGCCCUAUACUAUGCCAAUGCUGAGCAUUUCAGACGCAAGAUAUUCAGUCAGACAGGAGCCAAUCCAGUGACCCUGAAGAAGGCCAGAAAUAAGCUGGAGGAAAAACAAAAAAAGAUGGAAGAGAAGAUGAAAAAAGAGGAGGAAAAGAACGGGAAAGUCCAUGAGAAUGGUGAUGCCAUGACUCAAGAGGGGUCAGUUGUCCUAGAAAACUGUGAUGUUGAAGAGCCUCCCAAUGACUUCAAGGAGAGAACGGCAGCCUUGAGUUUUAACAUACACCAUGUCAUAAUUGACUGCUCCAGUGUGUCCUAUAUAGACUCUGGGGGAGUUAAAAUGCUUAGUCAGGUGAUGAGUGACUACAAAGAGGUGGGAGUAGCAGUCUUCCUGGCUCACUGUAAACGGCGUGUGAGGAAGAUGUUUAGGAAGGCAGGGCUACACAAGAAACACGAGCAGGACCUGCUGUACAUCACCAUUCACGAUGCCGUAAUUGCUGCCCUGCGAAGUCAGCAUGACUUGUUAAACGAGCUGAAGAGGGACGCCUCAGUGAGCUGUGUCCAUGAAGAGGUGACAGUGGGACGGAGGCGUACAAACAGCUUACGAAACCGCGCCAGCACAGAAGCCAUGCAGCAAAUUCCAGAAAGUGCAAGUGAUGAAGAUGGUGAUGAAGGCUUGAAGUUUUUGGCACGACGCAGAAGUGAACCAAUUCCUGAGGAUUUCCAAGCACUGACCACAGGUAACAAAUCCUCAAUUCAUUGAUAAAAAGUUGGCCUUAUUCAAAGCAGAUUAUGUGAAGAAUAUGUUACAGAUGUUGUAACUGCUAUGCUUCCUAGUGUACAGUCGAUAUUGUCAUAGACUGCUCUCCUCAGUUCCUCUCCCAACCCCGACAACACCAGCCCCAGCUUAGCACUUAGAGAUGCAGUUGCUGUUUUACAUGAGAAAUUUUUACAUGACUGUGACAUUCGACUGUGGAAUUUGACAUGAGUGAUGAUAAUGUGUUCCUCGCCAGACAUGCACUUUGUAUUUGCCAAUGGGAGCGAGUUCACACCUAGGUGCUGAGUAGCACACAUCAUUGCCUAUGUAAUGUAAUGUAAUGCAAGUGAAGUAGUUAAGCUGCCCAGCUUAGUGGUUCCACUCAGCCCUACAGUUAUCCUCCUCUGCUGCUGAGCCACCAUUUAAGGGGUAGGGUAGUCCACAAGUUGGAUUGCAAUGCAUGUGAUAAAUUUGUGGAGAGAAGGGAAACUAAAGAUAACUGUGGUUCUCCAAUAGACCGCAACCCUGUUGUUUACAACUAACAUUUAUUACAGGAAUAAUGUGAUUGUUUUAAUUCUUCAUCUUAAAAUGAGAUUUUAUAUGAUAUAUGCUAAAGGUAGAGGUUAAAUUAAAAUACUUAAGCUCACUAACAAGAGACCCAUACCCUCAUCUUAAUGAAAUAAGGUAACACAUAUUCUCUCUAAUGAGGAUAUUACAGAAUGUAGCCACCUAUGAAAGUCUAAGUGGUCCAGUGGCAAGCAAAAAUUUCAGAAUAAUUGUGAUUACUGUCAUUUUGGUGGUAUAAUGGAAUUUAUCAUAUAUUUAUAUGUUGUUUACAGUGUAUUUAUUGUGAAUCUCAUAUAAACUUUUGUUAUCCUUUUAACUGUCCAUGGAUAAGUGUGUUGACUGCCUGCCUCAGACUUUCCAGGGCACAACUCUUAGAAUAAUUUCAGAUAUGUGCAUAUAUAGUAUUCAAACAUCUUUUAUUAUUAAUAUAGGAUUCACUUACACUACAAAAGUUUUGUCUUGUUUUUUAAUAUCUUACACCUUACUGAUGUUUCAUUUGUUAAAUUUCAGUGUGAGGAGUCAACAUAUCUAUAGCUAUCAGCCAUCAGUUGAUUUCGUCCAAUUCGGAACAAGGGACUGAUUUUUGCAUAUGGUACUCAGGGAAUAUGCCAGUUGAAGAUAUGAGAUAUUAAUUGAUCCAAUUUCUGUUUCUGGGUGAGGAGCCAGCUAUGAGGAGUUUGAAGUGGCUGUGAAAUAACACAGUUACCAGUCCUAUUGUGCUUUCUUGCCAAAAUGUUAAUGCUGGAUAGUUUUAUAAGGUUGUUGUGAAUACAAUUGUUCUUUGACUCCUGGAAGGUGAUGUUAACGAUAUUGUUUAUAGAGCCUAAAAAGUUUAUAAGUACUUACAGUUUGGACAGAUGUAGGAAGUUAUUUACUGUACAUAGUUGCGAUACAUUCAAUCUUCAAAUUCAAAUUUUUGCUUGUUUGUUAUGUUGUCUUUCUGGCUUUGUUAAUAUAUUAUAUGUAAAAAAAUCACAAAAUUGUUUAUGUGGUAAGUCUGCUGGUGAUGAAAGACUAUAAUUAACAGAGUAAUAAAUUAAUUUUGAUCUUUUACAAAACCACUUAGGGUAAACUAUGAGAGACAGCAUAUAUAUAGGAAUGUUAUCUUUAAUUUACAGACACUAUAAGUGAUUAUAAAGUAACUGGUUAUUUUUGAUGUUUUCUGUUCAGUGCCUGUUUGUUUGAUAGCUCUGCAGUCUGGUUUUUGUUUUCUUAUAAAUCACAUUUUUUUGUUAAGUUCUUUUUACAAUUUUGUACAGACAAGCCUUUUUUGCCUCUUAGAAAAGAACAUAUUCAGUACAAGUAUAUAUAGGCAUAUAUGAGAAAGAAAUGAUUUAAGAUGUUGUUGAUAUAAUGAAGGAUAGUAUGUGUAUAUGUACUAUUACCAAAGAAAAAUUGAAUGUGGUGUGCAUUACUGCAUGGGACAUUUUGCUCAAGGUUACUAUCCCUGAAAUAAUUGCACAAUUGAAGGAUUAAAAUGGUGGGUGAAUUUUCUGUGUCAGAAGCAAAAUCAACGUGAAUUAUCAGCAUAUCAACACAGACCAGUAAAUUUAUUGUAGGAUAAUUGUUGAAAUUAUCAUGGAUACAUAUUUUUAUGAAUGUAUUUGAUUUAAUAGAUCCUGUACUAUGGAAUAAUAUUAAUUCAUUUCAUCAUGACAGUGCUCUGAGAUUUUUAGAAUUUUUGCUGUAUGCAAGAUUUUUCUAGUAGUAAAUGCAUUAGAGAGUCACCAAGUUGAGUAUAAAUUAACAUUGAGCACUCUGCAGAAGAGAAUUUCCAUAUAACUUUAUGGUGAAUGCUGUGACUGUAUGACCCAAACCAUAGCAUAGGACAAACAGAGAACAUGUUUCUAAGCCUGAGACACAGACAUAUUAGACCAACAGGGAUUUGGUAUGCUGACAAAAGAUGUGAAGGGUUAAUAUUUUAUCCAUGAUUUGAGUUGCAUUUUUUUUUUAUUUCGAUUUGAUUUUAGAUAUGUGGAACAGGACAAGUACUGGGUCCUCUUUCAGAAAGAAUCCAGACCCUCCCGAUCUUUCCACAUGCAAAAAUGUAAUUUCUUAAAAGUAUUAUCUGAUCUACUGAACAACUUAUGAUUCAUUGUUCAUUAAGGUUCAGGCUUAGUUAGGAGCAGAUGUUUUUACCAUUUGUAUGGGAAUGGGGUUUCUGGUAUUAAACCAGCCUGUUGCCUCAUUGAAUUUUUGACUCCUGUUUCAGGAAAGACCAGAGUAACAAAAUGGGGGAAAACAAGAUCAUAAAUUUAUGAGGUGCAAAAUCAGAGAAAUAGAGUUCAGUUUUUUUAAUUAAAGGUUAAAAACAUGUUCUUAUUGUUAAGAUUUGUUAAAAUUGUGUUUGAUUUCUUUAAUUUUGAGUUUGUGCCAAAUAAAACAAGAAGAUAAUGUAAAAUCA